UCACACCAAAUAUUUCGUGUGCUCAGCAGGCUGAUGUACCAUAGAAUCUAAGUUUCUCGAGUUCUAACUGAAAAUAGGACAAACAACCUCUCAUAUUUGCCAAAUUCACAGCAGUGUUAAGUUUCGAAAAAGUAUUACACAUUCAAACACAAACGCAAGGAGUCCGGCACGAUGGCGAUGACUCUAAAUAUUGGUUCGGUGAAGCUGAACAAGUGGCAGCUGGCGCUCAUUUUGGGAACGCCCUUGGCUAUCGGACUGGGUACCUAUGUAGUGAAGCGAUGGACAGCUGCUCCGAAGGAGGCGGACGGAGAGAAGAAGAGGUCGAAGGCCAAGAUUGAAAAGCAAGCCAUCUCUCUGGACGGCACUGCACCAGACAAGGAGCUGGAGCGAAAGAAGAAGUCGGCUGAGCUGGGCGAAAAGUUGUCACCUCUCAAAGAAGCCAAUAACUACAAGACAGAGGGGAACAACUGCUAUCGGAAUGGAAAGUACGACGAGGCCAUCAUCUUCUACGACAAGGCCAUCGACAAGUGUCCAAAGGAGCACCGCACGGACAUGGCUAUCUUUUACCAGAAUCGCGCCGCCUCCUAUGAGAUGCUUAAGAAAUGGGCUAAGGUAAAGGAGGACUGCACCGCCUCGCUAGAGUACAAUCCGCGCUACGUCAAGGCCUACUAUCGUCGCGCCCGUGCUCAUGAGGCCACUAAAGAUAUGAAUGAGUGCCUGGACGAUGUUACCGCUACCUGUAUUCUGGAGAUGUUCCAAAACAAUCAAACUCUUAUGUUCGCAGACCGUGUACUUAAGGAGACGGGACGUGUGGACGCUGAGAAGUGGAUGCAGAACAGGGUACCCGUUGUUCCGUCGGCACACUUCGUGAGCAAUUAUAUGCGCUCCUUCAUCGCGGAUCCACUACAGACUGUGGAAUAUCCGGCCGCUUCGGAGUCAGACGCACCGCACAAAGGUUUUCUGCGGGCCCAUCAGGCUUUCCUUAAGGAGAAGUACGAAGAUAUCAUUCCUGCUUGCACCGAAGAAAUUGAAUCCUCCGAGGCCGAGGCGCAGUACAAAGUGGAGGCUCUGCUGCUGCGAGGCACCUUCCACCUACUGUGCGGCUCCUACACAGAAGGCAAGCUGGACUUUGAUGCUAUCUUAGCAAAUGCCGAUGCUGAUCCAAAUCUGCGUGCAUACGCCUACAUAAAACGAGCUGCCCUCUAUAUCCAGCUGGAUCAACGCGAAAAGACAGUAGCCGACUUUGAUGAGGCGGAACGGCUCAGCCCCGAAAACCCAGACGUACACCACCAACGUGCUCAGAUACUCCUGUUGCUGGAAUUGAUUGAGCCCGCCCUUGAAGAGUUCGAAAAGGUUUUGCGCAUUGCUCCCAAUCACGCCAUAGCCCUCGUCCAGAAAUGUUAUGCCGAGUACCGUCUGUCGCUUCUGAACGGCGACCAGCGGCGUCUGGAGGGCGUGAUGCGCUCCUUUGAGCAGGCCAUCGAGAAAUUCCCCAGCUGUGUUGAAUGCUACAGUCUAAUGGCUCAGGUUUUGGCCGAUCAGCAACAGUUCCCCCAGGCGCAGGAGUACUACGAAAAGGCUAUGAAGUUGGCGCCAUCAAAUCCUGCACUUAUUGUUCAUCAAGCCAUCAUGAUGCUUCAAUGGCGAGGAGACAUUGAGGUGGCUGUUCAGCUGCUAAAUAAGGCAAUCGAAGUGGAUCCGAAGUGCGAGCUGGCUUACGAGACACUGGGAACCGUGGAAGUGCAGCGGGUGCAAUUGGAUCGGGCCGUGGAACUCUUUGAGAAGGCACUACUUUAUGCCAAAAGUCAGGCGGACCUGGUGCACGUCUUUUCGCUGCGAAACGCGGCAGUGGCUCAAAUUAACGUUACCAAGAAGUUGGGCGUAGACCUGAACUCCUUUUCGGCCAUGGCUCAAUCCGGAUUGAUGCCUCAGGGUGUCGCGUAAAGUAUGAAAUCUGUGUAUUGCGAUUGAGAGCCCUAGAAGAGCGUAGCGGAGCAUUUAGCCACAACACCAACACAGCAGUUCACUUUAAUUAAGUUAAUAUCGACCAUACCUGUUAUUUAUAUAUAUAUAAAGCUUGUUUACGUUUAUGCUCCUAGCUCUAGAAUAGAAAUUGUCAUGUAUUAUGGUACAUAUGUAAUCUAGAAUCUGUUGCCUAAGGAAUCCACUAAGACAAAACAAGUAGCUUAUGUUUAAGCGUAAGAUUAAACUAUUAACAAGUGA